AAAAUUGGGGUAGGAGUAAAGUAGUGCAGAAGACCGAGUCACUCCCCUGUUUCUUGAUCGGUGUCCUCUGGGAUCGUCACAUGCAGGUCUGGAUCUACAUGCACUAUCCUGGGAAGCCAUCUAGUGGUAAAAACCAGAAUUACUGAAAAACGAAAACGUUCUCAAACUUCUUUCCCUCUAUGAUUACGAAAGCACCACUGCAAUGGAAGUCUAAGCAUCUAUACAUAGGGAGCCAGGCUGUAUCACAAACAACAGAAGCAGAGAUUCCUCCUGAAGUUGACCAGCCAUCAAAGCUCCACUUAUAUCAUUGCUGUUACACUCUGAUGCAAAUUCUGGCAGAAAUUUUAGAAAAUUUGGGGAUCAUUAAGGAGCACAUACUUAUUAGGUUGAUCACUGAUGGGCUGCCAGCAUGCAGAGAUUCAAAACUCUUCACAAAGGAUCUGCUUUUUGCUGAGGUGCCAGUGAGGGUUUACCUUCCCAGAGUGCCAUCUGCAAGCAAACGGAGAGGAAUCAUCUUCAUCCAUGGAGGAUGUGGGAUUUUCGGAAGCAUCAGAGGUUAUGAAAGGAUAUGCCAGUACAUAGCCAGAAAAUCUGAUUCAGUGCUUGUGUCUCUUGGGUACCGUUUGUCUCCUGAACACAAGUAUCCAGCCCAGACCUUGGACUGUCUCACUGCUACUGUGCACUUCUUGAAGACUGCAGAAAACUAUGGGGUGGAUCCUGAACGGAUUAUUAUUUAUGGAGAUAGUGCAGGGGGCACUUUUGCUACUAGUGUUUGCCAAGAACUGGUAAAUAGAAGAGAUAUCCCAAAGAUAUGUGCCCAGGUACUGAUCUAUCCAUUUCUCCAAUCGUUAAACUUUAAUCUGCCAUCUCACCAGAAAAAUGCUUCUUUUGCCCUCUUUUCCCGGGAACGUGCAGUGCAUUUUAUUCUGAAAUACCUGCAAAAGGACUGCUCGAUGAAGGAAGCUGUUUUGGCAGGGUCCCACGUUCCCCAGAGCAUGAAUUUGAAAUACAAGAAAUGGAUAAGUCCAGACUUUAUCCCAGACGUAUUUAAACUGGGCUACAAACCACCACCACCAGCUCCAUUUUUACCUCAGGUCCACAAAGAAACAAAAGAGAUGUUUCAUACAAGGUUUUCCCCACUGCUAGCAGAAGAUGCUGUUGUUGGGGGCCUACCUGACACUUGUUUAAUCACCUGUGAGCACGAUGUGCUCAGGGAUGAUGGGCUGCUCUACAAGAAACGCCUGGAGGACAACAAUGUGAGAGUGACCUGGCACCACAUGGACAAAGGCUUCCAUGGUGUUCUGGGAUUUUUUGGUUAUGGUAUUUUCUCUUUUUCAACAGCAAGUAAAAUAGUGGACCAGACUGUAAACUUUAUAGAAAGCUAUUAAAAUGUUUUCUUAAAUACACUGAACUGGUAUGCAGAUAGUGUCUAGCUAUUUGUACAUUAGAGCCUGGGCAAGAAAGGGUAAGCUCAGAUGUUCUGCUGAAUUCUGAUUUUCUAUUGCUAUUAUUGGAGAGCGUGAUGUAUUUUUAAUACUUUUUUAAACCCUAUUUACUUGUAUGCUUUUUUUCUUGUUCUCUUCUUAUAGCAAAGAAUAAAAGUUCAA